AUGGACAUCGAUCCUACCAAGUUGGUCACCUGGCCGCACACGCAGGGCGUCUCCCGCUGCGCGUUCACUCCCAACGGACAGUGAGUUCAGCCUGCCCCCAUGGACCAGGAUAGAAAGCACUCGACGCAUCACGGCCUACCUGACACUAUCCGGAACUGACUCAAUCUUCCCCCACCUUCCAGUCUCUUGUAUACGGCCGGAGCGGAAGGUUAUAUCCGCGUAUUCGACACGGACCCGGCCCACGCCGACGAAGGCUUGCCGCCGCCGCUGUUGAUCGACUUUCACGAGGAACCCAAUUUCGGAUUGUCGUGCUCGGUGAGUCGUGUUCCGGUAUGAUAAAUUCGGGGCGUGUCGCUUGGUCUGCGGCAGAAGCCUCUCCCGCGAAGCCUGCCAUCUCUUUGACCGAGGUCGAGACGGCUCCGGCCGACGCGUCUACAUGAGAAAGCUACGAGUCAUCUCCAACACUGACGCGUCUUGUUCCCUCUCUUUUUUUCGUCGGGACAGAAUGAUUUCGUGUGCUCCGCCAACGAAUCCGGAUUAGUCGUCUUGCAUCGCCAUGGCGUGAUCACCGAGAUUGACUCCAUCUUGACCCGGUGUAGCGAACCGGUCAGGAGCGCGAGGUUCGAUCCCAAAGGUCAAAAAAUUGCCGUCGCUUCAGAGUAGGUUCGAACGAAUCAUCCCAGUUUGAAUUCAGCGUUGAAGCUAAUGGUGUUUAUCCUCGUCCUCGGGGGUGGACAGUGAGUUGAUCGUCAAGGUCAUCGAUAUCAACGAUCCGGUCAACGGCAUCCAGCUCUUGCCUGGCCACCGAAAGGGGGUCAGGGAGGCAACUUGGUCACCCGAUGGGCAGCUCUUGGUCAGUUUUUGGACCGAAUCACUCAGAACCAUGGGUCUUUGGAAAAUUGACUAUGACGGAUUUCCGAGCGGCUGAUUACAGACGACUUCGGGGCAAGAUGGACAAAUUCGUGUUUGGGAUUUUACCUCGGGCUCGGAACCGACUUGCAUCCAAACGCUCGAAGGCGUCAUCGAACCCAAUACCGAUCCUGCCUCCGAAUACAGCAUCGCCGUCGUCUGGCACCCUUCCUCAAAGUACUUUGUCGUCCCUUCCAAGACCAGAGAGGUGGCGAUCUACUCGAGGGAGAGCUGGAGCAAGAUCGGUGUGCUUUCACCUCCUUCUACGGAGGGCACGACAGCGGGAAUGAUGUCCUCGCUCGCGUUCUCGAAUAACGGGGUCUACCUCGCCACCGCGAUGAAUGAUUGGAUCCACGUGUGGAACUUCACCGAGAGGAAGAUCGUCACUUCGACCCAGCACACCCAAGGCAUCGUGACGGACAUGGCGUUUCAACCGACGCCUACGACCAACAUGCUCGCUUAUGCCCACAGUACGGGCCAAUUCACGAUAUGGAAGGACGUCAUCCCUUCCACCAUGGCCAAACCGACUUGGUCGAUCGCCAAGGCGCGGCAGAUGUUGCUGGCCAGGAGCGAGAGGGAGGAGAGGGAGACGAGCGAGAGCGUCACGAGCAAGGUUGGAGAGGACGAUGGCAAGGGGGACGACUACUUUGGCGACGAUUUGGAUGGGUGGCUGGAUGACGAUGAGGGGCUCAUGCAGAAGAAGGACGAGUACGGGAUGGAUGAGGAUAGAGAUGGUGGGGAUAGUCGGAUGAAUGGAGUGAUCAGCAAGUAUGAGCGAGCGGGCGGCGAUCGCAUCAGCUCGACGAGAUACUGUGGGUCCGGUUCUUUUGUGGAGAGCAAAGGGUUUUCGCUCAUGAAAGAUCGAUACCACAGUGACGGCCGGCGCAUCCUCCUCGAACUCGUACUCUUACACCCAGGGACAGCCAUCCUUCCAACCCGGCUCAACCCCGUUUCGCGAGAAGAGGCGGUACCUCGGUAGGUCACAGUUCCCCUGCUCUUGUCGAGGCUGAGUGGUAGCUGACCCCUUGAUCGGUCUCGCAGCUUUUAACAUGCUGGGCUUGAUUCAUGCCGUCGACCGGGAUGAUCAGAACCUCGUCACGAUCGAGUUCCACGAUCGCAGCGCGCAAACUGGAACCCACUUCAACGACUCGUUCAAAUUCACCAUGGGCGCUCUCGGUAAGCUGGUCUCCUGACUGUGAGCCAACGGCUCCGGUGUUAAUGGCUUCGUUCAUUUCCAGGCGAGCUCGGUUCCGCUUUCGCCGUCAAAGGAACGUCGGACUCUCCCUCGCUCGUGUAUUACAAGCCUUUCGAGUCUUGGACAACGACGCAGGAAUGGCAAUACUCGCUACCGCAAGACGAGAACGUCAUCGCGCUCUCGGUCGGCGGCAUCGCGCCCGAGGACCUGAACGAGAUCUCUAUCGCCGGCACGGGGACCGUCGUUGUCGCGACCGAUCGAGGCUACGUUCGCUUCUUCAGCGGCUCAGGUUUGCAAAAGUAUGUUUGGAACCUCGGCGAUUCCGUUGUUUCGAUUGCGGCGGGCAAAGACUGGGCUUUGAUCGUCUAUCGAAGCGGAUCUUCGGUUCCGGACUUGACUUACGUCUUGGUGGAUACGGACUCGUUCGAGGUGUUGCAGCAAGGCAAGAUGCCUUUGAUGCAGGGCGUGUCGUUGGCCUGGAUCGGGUUGACGGAUGAGCAGGUCAGUGUUGGAAGCUAUUCCGGGCCGGUGUGCGCCAGAUGUUGACGGGGGAAGGGCUUGCACUCGUCCAGAUCCCCGCCAUGUACGACUCGAGGGGUGUGUUUUCCGUCCUCGACCGUUCACGUCGCCCGCGGCAGGCUCGGUGGGUACCCGUGCUCGAGACGUCCGCCAUGGCUCGUCGCGAGAACAAGCAGGAAACGUACUGGCCAAUCGGCCUCACCGCUCAGCACGCCCAUGUCAUCUUCUUAAAGGUCAGUCUUGAGAGCGAAAACCAGGCACACUCGAUGUUUGCUGACCCAUCAGUGUUUGCGUGUGCACAACGAUAGGGUGAGGAGUCGCACCCCCACUUCCCGACGCCGUUAAUCCAGGAGCUCGAUCUCCAACUCCCUCUUCUGCGCCUCGAUGUGCAACAAGGCCAACUCGAAGAAAAGUACCUGCGCGAAACGACGUUCGUCUCGCACCGUCGCGACGGCGCCUCUGCUGACGACUACGACUUGACAACGACCUUGGCGCGCCAAGAGUUGGAGGUCGACAAGCAUUUGCUCAUGGCUAUCCAGACGGCGUGCAAGGCCGAGAGGUUGGAGCAGGCCCUCGACGCAACAUUGCUCUUAUCGCAGAAGGCGUCUCUCAUUGCCGCGGCCAAGAUCGCUCGCUUCUUCAACUUGCCCGGGCUCGAGGAGCGCAUUCAGAUCGUGCAAGAGGUCAAGGAAGCCGAGGGCGAUGGUGCACCGUCCAAAGUCCGUGAAGGGAAGUGGUCGCAUCUCAUCGAUGAGAGGAAUGUUCGAGGCUCCGGUGGGUUCGGCGGUCGCUCAAACGAUAGCAACAUCAACGUCUUUGCGAUGGGCAGUAAAAGGUCCAUGAUGGCCCCGAGUUCGUCGAUGGGGAUGGCGUCCGUUGCGCCGAGCUAUCGCGAUUCAAGCAUGGCUCGACGACCGAUAGACUCACAAUAUGGCGAAUCGUUGAGUGAGCCUGUCGGUGAGGACGAUGAGGAGAUGAUGGACGACCUACGAGCGAGCAAGCGAGCUCGAUCGCCAGAGGGCAGCGGAGAUGAUGAGGAUUUGUACGAGUCUCCGGUCGCGGAGACGGUCGAGGCUGUGCCAGCGCACAAGAAGAAGGGUGAGCUGUCUUAUGCCAACGCGGUCUUAGCUUUGGCCCCAUUCUAAUCAAAAACCCUAUCUUGCCUUCAUCAGCGAGCAACCCGUUCCGCCGACGCACGCCCCCACCAGCGGGUGCUCGGACUCCCGUCUCGCCAGCGAACCCGUUCGCGUCGAAGAAGACAGGGGCGAGCAAAGCCGCCGAUCUGCACCGCACGGGUAGCUUCUUUAGCCGCGUCGAAGGCACUGAAGCGCCCAAGGUCAAGGUCAAACGUGCGGCCCCCGUUGCCGGUUCUUCCAGCGUGAAAACACAGACCGUGCCCGGGACCAAGCAGACGACUCUCUUUGGCUUCGCUACCGUCGUCGAAGAAGACAACAAAGCAUCCGCACCCAAGGGCAAGAAGCGCAAGUCGACGAACGGCGUAACUACUCGAGAGGAUGGUGAAGCUGACAACGACGAUGCGGACUUACCGACACCGUUCGCCAAGCCGUUACCCAAGCUCGUUCCUUCGACCGCUGGUUUGGGAGGACACGCGAAGGAGCUUCCGCGCGAAGGGGAUGAAUUCGAGGAGACGCAGGUUGAGACGCAGGAGGAGUCGUUGCAGCCUAUCAACAAGGCUCGAUCAUCCGCUCGUAAAGCUUCACCUGUCGACGAUGCCGAAGACGAGAUGGAAGCGACGCAGCUCGAAGACACGCAGAUCCUGAGCGUCUUGUCUACUUGCACGAAGGAGAACGUUGGCGCAGUGACGGUGCCCCCGACGACUGCGAGCAAGUUGAGCAAGUAUCGAAUGGUUGCUCCCGUUGCUCCUGCUUCGGUGGCUGUCGAGCCGAUGACGGAGCCGGUCGAGAUCGCGAUCGAGCAAUCUGCGGUCGAGGAAGCGACUGCGGCGGAAUGA